UACCUCGAUUUCACUCGCACCAUGGUUAAACUCCUCCUCUUCCGUGCUAACUUCCGUCAACAAGGCCAUGUCCCGGAUGUUUGAUCUAGCGCCGAACGCUGGACGGCGAUGGUGACGCCGGAUGCUCUCGAGACAAUGCACGGGCCAGCACGGCAGUCUUGUUUACAAGCAAUCAGUAAAGGACAGACAGACGCAGACACCGGUUUGGAGACGAAUCACAGAGAGAAAAAGACCGGAGGAGGAAUGCUUAAGAAGCUGAAGUCGAGGCGCAGCCAAACGGAUAAGUGGCCUGUGGUUACAGAGGAUGAACUCCGGGCUCUGGGCAGAGAUAUUUCUCCAGACCAUGUCCUGGGUUUACGGGCUGUAACGGAAGACUAUCUUUGCAGACCAGAGGACAAUAUCUACGGCAUCGACUUCACUCGUUUUAAAAUAAGAGAUCUUGAGACUGGCACAGUGCUGUUUGAAAUUGCCAAACCCCCUAACAGCGGUGCUGUGGAGAAUGAAGACGACACAGGAGACGUGGAUACCAGCGCGGGGCGUUUUGUCAGAUACCAGUUUACACCAGCCUUCCUAAAGCUGCGCACUGUGGGAGCAACCGUUGAGUUCACGGUGGGCGACCGUCCCAUAAACAGCUUUCGUAUGAUUGAGAGGCACUACUUCCAGGGACGCCUCCUCAAGAAUUUCGACUUCGACUUUGGCUUUUGCAUACCAAACAGUCGCAACACCUGCGAACACAUUUACGAGUUUCCACAGCUUCCAGACGACCUCAUUCGCCAAAUGGUGGAUCACCCAUACGAGACCAGAUCAGACAGUUUCUAUUUUGUGGACAGCAAACUCAUCAUGCACAACAAGGCUGACUAUGCCUACAAUGGUGGGCUGUAAUAUCUGAAGGAAGCAUGGGUGCAGUAGCAACCAGUGAAUAGAUUUCCUGGAUAACACCCCUCUAAGAACUUUACUUUGGGGGUACAGAAGUAUUUUCUCCUUUUUAAAACAAAAAAACAGGCCACUUCUGCCUUCAUAUGAAAUCAUGGAUCCAUUCACCAGUACCUCACAUAGCUCAGUUCCUGGAACUCAGAGGGAUGUUUUGCUCCAAACCUGACUGAAAAGUUUCGUUAGAUAU